AUCAUUAUUAUGUUUGAGUCCAAACACCCUUUUGGUGUCAAUAUUUGCAAUAUCACAUCGAGUCCAGAAAAAUUCGUUUGUAUAAACUUAGAAUGUUCAGAGAAGAAAGAUCAAUCAUUUGGUUGUUAUGAAUGUUUAAUUAAAAAGCAUAAAUAAAUUGAUUAACUCCAUUUUGAGAAAAUAAUCGAAAUUACAGCCUUUCUAUCCCAAAUCAAAUAGAAAUAAAAAAAGAAAAUGGAUAUACUACAAAAAUUAAUCAUUGAUUGUGAUUCAAAAAAAAAACAAGUUCAAUAAUCAAUCUCUGUUGUUGAGAAUAUUAUUAGUAAUGAUCUACUAUAAUAACGAAUUGAAUAACUUUUUAGUUCAUAUCUUAUGAAACUAUAAAACGAAAAAGUUGUAAUCAGUCUUACCCCUGACUAUUCUCAGUAGUAGCAUUUGAAGUUGCUUAAAUUCUAUCAUGAAGAUAUUGAACAAUAUGAAAAACUAAUUGCUUAAAAUGGAGUUGGACUACAAGAAUAAGUAGAUGAAAUUUUAGAGAAUUAUCAAAUUGUUACUAUUUAGAAAUUUAAUAAGUAAUUUAUAUGACAAUUAUAUUAGACUUAAAAAUGAAGUAGAGGAACUACGAAUUUAAUUUAACGAGUAUAAUUAAAAAUUAGUAAUCAAUUUAAGUAAGCCUAGGAAUAAUGGGAAAGAGAGAGAGAAAGAGCAAGAGCAAGAGAAAGUCCCUUCAUGUAAGUAAUAGAAUAGUUAAAAUUGCCUGUCGUUUUCGUACUGUCGAUUUUACUUUUUUUGAAUAUAAUCUAUAGCUUAUUUUAUUUGAAUGCUUAAGACUUAGAUUCAGGAUUAAUUUUAAAUUAAACUUUGUAAUAAAGUGAUUUAAAUUUCAAUUAAAUGAAUUAAGACUAGUAUUACACAAAUUAAACUUAUAACACAAAUUAAACUAAUUAUACCAAUUAAACAAAAUAUACUAAUUAAACAAAAUACACAAAUUAAACUAAUUAAGACAAAUAAUCAAAAUCAUAAAAUAAAGAGAAUUAAUUAUGGCUUAUUAGUGAAAUACUUGAAAAUCGUAGUGUAGAAGAAUUUAAGAAUUUUAUGAUAAUUUAUGAUUAAUCAUUUAAUCAACCUUUUACUCAGGAUACUUACGAAAGAAUUUAAAAAAGAAUUUAUUGGGAUAAAAAAGACAAGAUUGUUUGCAUAGGAGCAAGAGAGAACAAGAAUCUAAGAUUGAUAGGAUGUGAUUUUGCAAGCGAAGUAUUUUCUAUCACUUAGAAUGCUUAUAGUGCUCGAAAAAGCAAGAAUGGUGAAAUCUAUUGGUAUUGGGUCUAGUAAAAAUCUUUUGGGUUUUCACCAAACAAAAAUAUCGUUCUCACCAAUAUUGAUUAUGAGGACCCUACGAGUGAACUAAGAUUCUCAUUUGGAACAGCAAAGAACUUAGAAGAUAGAAGAGUUGGCUCCAAAUAUGGUCACAAUAAUACUAAUUAAUACAAUUUGGUAAUAUAUGCUUUGAAGGAUAGCGAUUGA